AUGCUCAAAAAAACAAUACUGCAGGGUUUCCUCUCCCUCGCCUUCUGCCUCCAAGCGAACGCAACGGUGGGCGAUAUCCCAGGGAUCAUGGGCCCGAUCCCUCGGGUCAACAACAUCGCCAACGUCGACACCUCUAAGUAUUUCAAGCAGAAGCCCGGCGACUUCAACCACCCGGGCCUCUGGCACACACACGACGAUCUUGAGCGGGUGCGCAAGAAUGUCCUCGCUAAGAGAGAGCCCUGGGCGUCUGCGUUUGAGAAAUUCAGCGCAGACCCUCAUUCCCAAGCAAACUACACCAUGCAAGGCCCCGCGGCUGUCCUCAGCAGAGGCGACGUGUCGAAUUAUACCUCCUUUACCCACGACGCAAGGGCGGCCUGGCAGAAUGCCUGGAUGUGGUACAUCACUAAGGACCAGGCACAUUGGGAUCGGAGCACGACGAUCCUCGAUGCCUGGGGCUCAAAUCUUACAGAUAUUAUCGGCACCGACCGCUCUUUGCUUGUUGGGUUAGAGGGCGAUAUUUUCGUGAACGCAGCAGAGAUCAUGCGGUGGGAAGGCGGGUGGAAGGAGGCAGGCGCCAAGUGGCAGGGGGGCAGUGGAUUCUCUAUCCAACUGUACUGGCUGUUCUCGCGGCAGUCGAUUCCAAUAGGGCAGGCAAACUACGGCAUGGCGAGUAUCAAAGCUCUGUUGAGUUUCGCCGUGUACCUCGACGACGUGCAGCUCUACAACUAUGCGAUGGACGCAUUCAUUCAGGAUAACUGCGCCGGCUUGUUCGCGACCUACGAGCCUUCUACGGGCCAAUCUACCGAGGCGGGUCGUGAUCAGAGUCAUACAAUGUCUGGGCUCGGCUGGGCCGCGUAUGCUGCUCGUGUGGGACAAAGCCAGGGCGUUGACUUGUACGGCCUGGGCAAUAACCUCCUUCUAAAGGGCGCCGAAUACGCGGCGAGAUACAACCUCAACGAGACGGUUAAAUACGAUCCCAACUGGUACAGAUGCGAGGCUGUUCUCGUGAACGGACCGUGGGAUACCAUCUCCGAAGAGAAGCGCGGCGUGACGAACCAGAACCCCAUCUGGGAUAUUUUCUACUAUCAGUAUGUCGUUAAGCGCAAGCUCAAGGCGCCGUGGACCACAAAGGCGAAGGAAGCGGAGGGCUUUGAAGGGGCAAUCUCUGGUGAUGAUCAUCCUAGUUGGGGGGAGCUAAUAUGGGCUUACUAG